UUUAUCUAGGUCGAUUAGUUUUCCUGUGACUACAAAGCUGUAGUUGCAAAAUGAGAUGGUACGCAUGCGCUGACCCACAUUAGAUUACGGUCCGUCUGGUUCUCUGUAUACAUUAUAAAUCUCUCAGGGUGUGUUGUAAGCUGAGUCAAAGAAAGCACUGUUAGGCAGACUCCCACCAUGUCUCUGGGUCGGGCUCUGUCCAGGUGUACAGCCACAGCCCUGCUGGCCAGGUGGAAGCUAACCCCGUGCUGUCCUGCCUUGAUGCUCAUGGGCAUAGCCUUGAACAGCCAGCCUUCCCCCACAGCCCGAUCCCCUCCUCUGAGAACACAGACUGCUCCCUUCCACAGCAGCACAGCCAGUCCUGACUCAAACAAGCCCAUAUCAGUGUAUUCCUCCGGGCUGGAGGGGGAGCUGUUGGGAAUGGGGAUGUGGUCUCUAGGUCUAGGGGCGGUGGGUGCAGCUAUAGCUGGGAUCUUAUUGGCCAACACUGACUUGUGUCUGCCCAAAGUUGCUCAGGCAUCGCUGGAACACCUAGAGAAUGCGGACCUCAAGUCAACUACAGAUGAUGAGACGACCAUCAAAGCCGGUAGUUUGUGGGCGAAGAACGGGGCAGUGAUUAUGGCCGUACGGCGACCGGGAUGAUUUUUGUGCAGAGAGGAGGCCUCUGAGCUGUCCUCUCUGAAGCCCCAGUUGGAGGAGCUUGGGGUCCCUCUAGUUGCCGUGGUGAAGGAGAAUAUUGGCACAGAGAUCCAGGACUUCAGGCCGCACUUUGCAGGGGACAUCUACAUUGACGAGAAGCAACACUUCUAUGGCCCCCUCCAGAGGAAGAUGGGCGGGCUGGGCUUCAUUCGUCUUGGAGUGUGGCAGAACUUCAUGCGGGCUUGGCGCUCUGGUUACCAGGGUAACAUGAAUGGAGAGGGCUUCAUCUUGGGAGGCGUGUUUGUCAUUGGAGCAGGAAACCAGGGAAUCCUUAUGGAGCACCGAGAGAAAGAGUUUGGAAACAAAGUGGACAACACAGAGGUUUUAGAAGCUGUCAAGAAAAUAGUGCCAGAGAAAUAGAUUAGUUUUGUAUGUUUAAAAACUGACAUAAUUCAGUUUAGUGUUCACCAACAUACAUAGCCAUGAAAGCCAUGGAUCACAACUCUGCCACCCUUUGCAGUUUGCUUAUGUAUUGACAGAUUCCUGGUAGUGUUAAUGUUUCUCACCAUUUCACCAUUUCAGUUGGAACAUUUUGAAGUGAAAGAUACUCUAUUGUGAUUGCAGAAGGACAAUUCUUAAAUCAAAUACUUGAUUUAAACUGGUAUGGAUAAUAUAAGGUAAUAUGUAAGGUUCUCAGCCAAGUCUCUUACAGAACACAUUCAAUUUAUUUUCCUCAGUAAUAAUGUGAUUGUUCUAGAAUGCUCAGGUAAACUACAAUGCUCAUUGGUUGGUCUGAAAUCACCCCCAAGCCCAUCUUCUAGUGUUGUUUGGGGACAAAGGAGAACUGUCUGAGGUAAAUUAGGAUGAGCCAACACAUCAGCAUGGCUCAGCCAUCUCAGGACAAGGGUUUGUUUUCAGACCGACAGUGGGUUGGUUGCAAUACGAAGGGUUCUAUAGGCAGCAUCCAUUUCAUUCAGGUAUGUUACACUUUGGAGAAGGCUCUAUUUAAGUCUGGGCUGUAGUCCACACUUUUAUUUAAUAUUCUAUUUAAUUUAGUGCUUACUGAUCCAAACAUCUGUAUGGUACAUGACCAUGUGUUGUUUUUUUUGUGUUGCACACUGAGUUGCUGUUUGUUUCUGUUCUGUUCAGUUUCUCACUGUAUGUCUCCAAUCUGCCUGGUUGUAUGUGUAGUCUGUGUGUGUGUUUAUGACAACCUGUUUCGAAACUCAAAUGAGGUGAACAGGUUUGAUACACCAACACACACAGGCUCUGCUGCCACCCCCUGAUUGGCUUAUGCUUUGUGUAUCUGAUGCAAGUAUUUUAUGUGUUAUGGUGUGUGAAUGCCAACCUCAAUAAAUGUAGAUGACUUGUC